CAGGUAGCAUUGCUAGAUGUUCUACACUACUGUUAGUUGUGUUGGCAAAAAGAACGUAAUAUUCUCCUAAAUAGUUAUUCGUACACAAUGUAAAGCAUCUAAUAGAUAAAUUUAACAGAUCGUCUAUUAAAUGUGUAGAUAGUGAAAUGCGGUGACUUGCCUUACCUGCCGUAAAUAUUAUUAAGUCUGCUGCUUUAUAUCGUCAUUCGAGAAGGUACUGUAUCUUAUCAGGUUUUUUCCUCAGGAAAACGUUUUUCAUAAAUGUAUGAAACAAAGGAAAGUCAAAUAAUGCACGCCGACUUUAGGCUUAUUAAAGUCAGCGAUACACUAUCAGUUUUGUACAUCGCAAUGCAAGAACCGCGACAAGAUGUUACGAAAAAAAAGUCUGUCAAUUUAGAUGAAGCUAUAGAAAUGACCGGUUUUGGAUUAUUUAACGUUUUCGUCAUCCUUGUUGCUGGUGGAUGUCUAAUGUGCGUUAUAAUGGAAACAAUGGGUAUGAUGUUUGUAUCUCCGGCAGCGCAAUGUGACUUAGAUUUAGGAAUAAACGAAAAGGGAAUUUUAAAUGCAAUCAGUUUCCUGGGAAUUGUGUUCACAUCGAAUAUUUCGGGUUAUAUAGCCGACACUCAUGGCCGAAAAAAAACACUUGUAGCCAGUUUAUUAUCAAGUUUUUGUGUUACUGUAAUUUGCGUAUUUGUUGCGCAGGAUUGGCUUUUUAUUCUACUAAGGUUUAUAAAUGGUGCCUUAAUAAGUGGUGCUUCUUCCACAGUGUACGCAUACGCAGGAGAAUUCCAAGACAAUUAUCACAGAGCUACGGUCAUUGCUUGGAUUUCGACCUUUGUAGCAAUGGGAAAUAUAUUACUUAGCGGAUUGGCUUGGAUUAUUUUGCCCUCGGAGUGGCGAUUUGAAAUAUCGCUCAUUGGAACGACGUUUCGUCCUUGGAGAUUAUUGGUCUUUUGUUACGGUUUAUCAAGCCUUAUAUUUGGUCUGGCACUGUUGCUGUUUCCCGAAAGCCCAAAAUUUUUAAUGAGCAAAGGAAAGAAAAGGGAAACUUUAGAUGUGUUACGAAAAAUGUAUUGUGUUAAUAGGAGAAAAAAGGAUUUUCCAAUUGUGGGUGUUUUUUGGGAACAAUCAGAUGGCCCAACUGAACCGGAAAAGUCCAAGCCAAACUUUUUAAACAACUUUUUCUCACAGACGGUAGCAAUUUUUAGCAAGAAGUAUAUUGUAAGAACAAUCACAGUCUGCAUUUUACAAUUUGGAACGUUUGCCCUAUCUUCUGGAUUAAAUAUGUGGUAUCCAGAAAUUCUGAAUAAAUUAUCAACUUAUGAACAGGAAAAUGGUAGAACAAACAUUACAAUUUGCGAUGCCAUAGUUCAGCCCUCUUAUCAACCUCGUAGAGAAACUCAGAAUAGUACCACUUGUUCGGAUAGCAUUGACACAGAUGUAUUUUCAACGGCUAUUAUAACAGGCUCCGCCUUGGUUGGUGUUUAUCUUCUAAUAGGAUUAGCAAUCAACUUCGUCGGCAAAAAGAACUUGCUAGUUUCGAUUUUGACAAUUAGCACAGCGUCAGGUAUAACCGCUCAAUACAUCAUCGGAUCGUCGAUAAUAAAAAGUUUGACGAGUGUCGUACUGGUGUCAUCUACCUGUAUUGGUGUCAUAAAUGCUAUUUUGGUGGAUCUUUAUUCUACUCGAGUACGUGCUACAGCUUUAGCCAUUUCUCUUAUGUUUGGACGUCUUGGAGCAGUCACUGGUUCCCACGUAAUUGGACCAAUAUUCUACCAGCUUUGCGAUUACGCCUUUGUUAUAUUCACAGCUGUUUUCGCACUACUCAUCGUUUUAUCCCUCUCACUUCCUGUCAAAUCAACAAAUAAAGGAUCAACAGUUAAGUGAGUUUUAAAAGGUUUUUAAGGUACUUAUAGUUUUAUAAGCAUCCGUGUAUGUAUUAGCUACUUAACUUAUAAAUGGCGUAAAAUUAAUAUUUGUGUGUAUAAUAAUUAUAUGUUAUAUCGUCUUUAAAUUAUAAAGUGUUGAAAUAAACUACAUAUUUUAAAAGUAACACAAGUUGCCAACUUGCAAUUUUUAAAGCGCUAAUGAAACGGUGAAAGUAAAAAACAUAAAUUUUUAUAGCUGCUAGUUUAUUGUUCUUUUUUCUUAGUAAAUUAUAAUGCAGAUCCAUUAUAUUUUAUUAUUACA